CCUCCUCUCUCUUUCUCUCCCGCGGCGUCUUGCAUCUCUUCGGAGCCCGAAUGCACAAAGCGACCAGCAGCAACUCAGCCGACGCAUCGACGACAGCGCUCGCGACGCUUGGCUUCUCACCACCAUCCUUACCCUCACCGCCAAGCAGCGCCCUCACGCACGCGUCUGCCCUCCACUUCGCCCGGCACGCAGCGCCUCUCUCUCUCGAGAGGGCAAAAGCACAUGCCUCUGCGCUCGCACCCUCGCUCCGAGUCGCCCUUCUCCGCCUCCAGCUCUCUCUCCUCUCACGACUCCAACGACGCACUUCUCUCCUUCUCCGAGGGCUCCAACGCCGUAGCUUUGCGCGCCAUGUCUUCUACUUCUCCCGCCGCACCUCAGCGCGCCGCAUCGUACGACGAGGGCGAGGAGCGUAGAGCGUCGCUUGAUAGCAAAGGGAAGGGAAAGGGCGGACGCAAGGGCUCGGAUGCGGAUGUGUUGGUGGAUCGGGCGCGAGCGAGCAGAGACGGCCUCACAGCGGCCGAUUUGUUCGAUGAGAGCAAGACAGCUAGGGAGAACAAAUGCCUGCUAAUCAGUGCAGAACUCGACCGCAUGGGUAUGGGACGCUACCAGUGGUGCACGUUCGCACUCUGCGGACUGGGCUUCUUCAUCGACCUGCUCUUCGCGCAGGCGUACGGCCUCAUCUCCGUGCCGCUCAAGAACGAGCCCAACUUCGGCGCGAGCGACGUCAACAUCGGCACUCUCUCCACGGCGUUCAAUGUCGGCCUGACCGUCGGUGCCUUCUCCUGGGGCAUUCUGGUCGACGUCGUUGGGCGCAAGUGGAGCUUCUACUUCACCUGUCUCCUCUCCAGCAUCUUUGGCAUUGCCGCGGGCGGCUCGCAGAACUUUACGACGCUGCGGGUCCUCACUGCCCUGGCGGGCCUGGGAGUCGGAGGCAACAUUCCCAUCGACGCCACCAUCUGCCUCGAGUUCCUGCCGACCAACCGCAGAUGGUUGCUGGCGCUUCUCUCGCUCUUCCAGCCCGUGGGCGUGCUCGUGGCGUGCGGCCUGGCGUACGCCUUCAUCCCUCCCUAUUCGUGCGGCGGCGGCAGUGCCGAAGGCAUCGUCUGUCGCAUGCAAGACAAUCGAGGAUGGCGCUACCUCCUCUUCGCAUGCGGCGGCAUUACGCUGCUCAUCUUCAUUGCUCGCUUCGUUAUCUUUACGUUCUACGAGUCGCCCGCCUUCCUCGUCAACUUGGGCCACGACGCGAGGGCACUGAAGGUGGUGCAGAACAUCGCAAAGACGAACAAACAUCCGCCGCCGGUGUUUGGCAUGGAGGACUUUGAGGAGAUUGACCGCAAGUGCGCCGCCAAUGGAGAGGUGCUGCACGUGCAGGAGAGCAGCCCUGGUCGCCCGUUGACGAGAAUGGAGGCGCUUAAGAAGAUGGGUGGCGCUCGACUCAGGCAGCUGGGAAAUGUGCGCGUGCUGUUCCAGAACAAGACGAUGGCGCGGGUGACGAUCAUCCUCUGGAUCACGUUCAUCUGCGACUUCUUCGGAUUCUCAAUCGCCGGAUUCUACCUCCCACAGAUCCUGGCCGAUCAGGGCAUCCGAGACGGGCGCGACUUGAGCGAGACGUACCGCGAUUACAUCGCCAUCUAUGCCCCUGGCAUUGCCGCGUGUCUCCUCGGCGCGUGCCUCAUCGAGAUUCCGCGCGUCGGCCGACAAUGGAGCAUGGUCGUCUCCUCGGCACUCAUGGCCGUCUCGUUCUUUCUCUACACCAUCGUCACGACUCAAGCUGGCAGUGUGGGCCUCAACGCUCUGGAGUACUUUAUGCAGAGCCUGUUCAACUGCAUUCUCUACGCGUUCCUGCCCGAGGCGUAUCCCUCGAGCGUGCGAGGCACAGCGUCGGGCCUCACCUCGACGCUUGGACGCAUUGCAGGCAUCGUGGCGCCUCUGAUCGCCGGCCCGCUCUACAGUGCGGGUGGCAUGACGAGCGCCGAGAACGCGAAACAUGUGCUGUACCUGGGAGGCAGCAUUACGCUCGUCUGUCCCAUCGCCCUCGCACUGCUGCCAUACGACACGCGCGGUCGACGCGCCUUCUGAGCGCGAGAGGCAGGAGGCGAGAGGCGAGACGAUGACCCACGGCUCUUCUUCUCCCUAUCCCCUAUUCGGCGCGCUGCAGGCACGACUGCAGCAACGAUGCGUCUGCUCUCUCUUCCUUCUCUCUCUUGUCCAGCUUCCCGUCCUGCAAGCGGCAUUGCCACGCAUACUGUCGUGCGUGCCUGCGUGUACUUGUAGCGGCUGCGGCCCUCGACGUUCGUGCGUCGAGCGGCGAGACGCGCGCGCGAAGGCGGCGGCCCGCCUGCGCC